AAACAAAGAAAACCUUUGCUUCGCUUACUUUGUUACUUGUUCUUUGUGAACCUGAAUAAUUUAAUAUUUCAUAAUUAAAUGUGUUCGGAUUAAUUGUGUUUUAUGUUGUUAAGCUCUAUUAUUACCGUAGCGACUAAAAAUGUUUUGAUUUUAUUCUUUGCCAUAAUUACCCAAACAGUGGUCUUUAUGUGUACGUCCGCUCUGCCCUACGUGCUACGCGAUUUCUUUGAGCCCAUGUUUACUUUGCACUAAAUGGUGAUUGCUCCAGAAAUGUUCUACAUAUUUCUCCCCAUAGUAGUUGGUGUCAGAAGGGUAUUGAAAAGUAAGAUGGAUCGACACCAUUUCUGCAUCUCACCGUGCUUCUUUUAACCCCAGGUCCACCCGAGGAGGCCAUUGGCGGAGGGGCGUCACGUGACACCGGGCGCCAAUGUUAGUCUACAAGGGUGUCAAGACCCUGUCAGUUUCUGAAAUAAAUAUUGGGAAACGGCGAAAUGCAAAAGGCGACCUACUACGACAGCUCUGCAAUAUACAGUGGCUACCCAUAUCAAGGAGCAAAUGGUUUCAGUUAUAAUGCCAAUCAGCAGCAAUAUCCCCCUUCCUCUCAUGUGGAAAGUGACUACCAUCGACCGGCCUGCUCACUGCUGUCCCCCAGCGGCUCCGUCCCGCUGCAGAAGUCCAGCGAGCUCGCCGAGAGCUGUGUGCGGAGCAAUGCGGCCCAGACUGGCCAGCCCUCGCUCGUCCUUGACAACAGUCAACAGCAGGCCCCCAUCACGGCGCCACCGCCAUCAUCUCCAGUUUCUCCAACUGAAAAUACCAGCAACAAUUCCAGCCUGCCCAACACCAAGAACACCGUGCAGAACUCACCCACUUCUGCCUCCCGCAAACAGAUUUUCCCCUGGAUGAAGGAGACCCGGCAGAACACCAAACAAAAAAAUAAUAGCUCCACUUCAGGUGACAUUUGUGCAGGAGACAAGAGCCCGACGGGAUCCGCUGCCUCGAAAAGAGCCCGGACAGCCUACACCAGUGCACAGCUCGUGGAACUGGAGAAAGAGUUCCAUUUUAACCGUUACCUUUGCCGCCCAAGAAGGGUCGAAAUGGCCAAUCUGCUGAACCUUACCGAGAGACAGAUCAAGAUCUGGUUUCAGAACCGCAGGAUGAAGUACAAAAAGGAUCAAAAAGGGGUCGGUAUGAUGCCAUCUCCCGGGGGUCAGUCCCCUAGAAGCCCCGUCGCCCCGUCUUCGGCAGGAGGAUACCUCAACUCUAUGCAUUCUCUCGUCAACAGUGUUCCAUACGAAUCCCAGUCGCCCACGUCUUACAAUAAACCUCAUCAAAACACAUACGGUAUCCCUACGUCAUAUCCGGCACCUCUGAACAACGCUCUGAAUAAUUGCGCGCCUUCCCAGAAGAGAUAUGCGGGGACUGGUGCGGCCACUCCCGAGUAUGACACGCACCCUCUACAAGGCAAUGGCAACUACGGAACUCAUUUGCAAGGAAGCCCUGUAUAUGUUGGUGGAGGCUAUAUAGAUUCAGUGGGUAACUCUGGGCCCUCGGUUUUCGGGCUGACGCAUCUCUCUCAUCCAUCAUCCAACAACAUGGACUACAAUGGCGCAAUCACUAUGGGCAACAGUCACCAUCACGGGCCGUGCGACUCGCACCCCACAUACACAGACCUUACUCCACAUUACUCUCAGGGAAGAAUUCAGGAAGCGCCCAAACUGACGCAUCUGUAAGGGCGCCGUCAGCUGUGGUGUAACAUCCUCUCACUCCGUCCAGUCUUCUUACCUCCGCACCCAUGGCUUUCUUUCCGCUCAGUAGUUUCUAUACCUUCCUUUUAUUUUAUUGUUUAAUGUGUGAUGUGUAGCUUAGUCAAGUAGUCAUUCUUGUUGCUUGAAUCUCUAUAACUUUGCUAGUGUUAUUGUUCCAUAAACGUAUAUCUAGGAGAUCAUGUCGGGGCACAGAUAUGCAUAUUUAAUCUUGAGCAUUUUUUUUUUAAUCAAACAGGGUAUUUGAACAAAUUUUGUAUUCUUUAAUGUGAAUUUGUCCGUUUUUAAUUUAUCCCAGGUGAAGAAUUUUGUUUGCAUUUUGUUGCACUCCUGGAGGUUCCUAGAAUCACGCGCUGGUUGAAAAGGUCUGCAGCACGAGCUCUCGACCGCCAUUGUUUGUGUUCUGAUGGACUUUCAAUUAUUUAUUUGUUUUAACAAAACAUAAAAUUCUAGAGUAUUAUUUAUCUCCAUCAGUUCAUAUGUAUUAUCCGGUAGGAGGUACACGGAAUCUGGUUAUGGACCUCCCUGUGCCGGAAUACAUGACAAAUACAAGACAGUACAGUACAGUACAAUACUGUUUUCUUUAAUGGGUUUAUAUUUCUAUGGAAGUGAAUCAGGAAUAAUGCAAUAAGAUAUGAAAAACAAAGUAUGAGAGGUUUAGAAUUUCCCAUCUUGUGCUUGUUUAUUGCAAAUAUUUCAAGAUCACAUAUUCUGUUUGUCAUACAUUCCAAGCUGCUCCAUUCUAAGAAAUAAAAAAGUAAAAAAUAUAAAGUUGCAUCGUAAUGUUA